GACUCCCCCAGCUCAAAAGUCAUCUGCAUGGAACUUUCCUGGCAAUGGCACUCGGAAAAGACACGUUCACACUUGUGGUUCCAUGUGCCUCACCCUUCCCCACCAACCUUGCUGACCUUACAUCCCAUUCCACAAUUACACCCAAAAGCCUCCAUUGAUAUGAUAGUGAAAGGGAAGUCUUCUCGUAAAUUUUCGGCUCAAAGCAUCUAUUUCUGCUGCCAAUUGUAACUUUCAUACUUAUAAAUCAACUCCGAGCCAUACACAGAGAGGAGGAGAUAUACUUUCUGUCUGUGUGAACUCUUGGUGUAGCUUUUUGAUUUGUUAGAUUUUAUUGGUUAUGGGAAGCAAAAGCUCAAAGGAGUCCAGUGGCGGAAGGUACCCAACAAGCAGGUCAGCUGGUUCAGAUGCAUGGAGUCAUUAUGGACAACCACCACAAUCUGCUUAUCCUCCAGAAAAUUCUUAUUACACGCCGCAGCAUCGAUAUGCUCCACCUCCCUCGUAUAAUUAUGGAUCACGAACGCCUCAGCUGCAUAAGAGUUUGGAGAGAAAAUACUCAAGGAUAGCUGAUAACUACCAAACUUUGGACCAGGUUACAGCUGCUCUUGCACAAGCUGGCCUUGAGUCCUCUAACCUCAUUGUUGGUAUUGAUUUCACAAAGAGCAAUGAAUGGACAGGUGCCAGGUCAUUCAACCGUCGUAGCUUGCAUCACAUUGGGAAUGGUCAAAAUCCCUAUGAACAAGCAAUAUCAAUUAUCGGACAGAGCUUAUCCGCUUUUGAUGAGGAUAACUUAAUUCCCUGUUAUGGAUUUGGAGAUGCAUCAACACAUGAUCAAGAUGUCUUCAGUUUCUAUCCAGAAGAAAGAUUUUGCAAUGGAUUUGAGGAGGUGCUUGCACGGUACAGAGAAAUUGUCCCACAACUUCGACUUGCAGGACCAACAUCUUUUGCACCCAUCAUUGAAAUGGCCAUGACUAUCGUUGAGCAAAGUGGUGGUCAAUACCAUGUUUUGCUGAUAAUUGCUGAUGGACAGGUGACAAGAAGCGUUGAUACACAGCAUGGUCAGCUUAGCCCACAAGAGCAUAAGACAAUUGAUGCAAUUGUAAAAGCAAGUGAAUUCCCCUUGUCAAUUGUCCUGGUUGGGGUUGGUGACGGGCCUUGGGACAUGAUGAGGGAGUUUGACGAUAACAUCCCUGCUCGUGCUUUUGACAAUUUUCAGUUUGUGAACUUCACAGAGAUUAUGUCAAAGAAUACGGAUCCAUCCAGAAAGCAGGCAGAAUUUGCUCUUUCAGCUUUGAUGGAAAUACCUUCUCAAUAUAAAGCAACUAUUGAGCUUGGCUUAUUGGGAAGAAGGAGGGGGAAUACUUCAGAGAGAGUUCCUCUCCCUCCUCUUUAUGGCACCUCUUCUUUCAACACCCCAAAGUCUUAUUCUCGCUCAAGCAGUUUCCAGCAGAAUGCAUCUCCUUAUUCGCGCUCAAGCAGUUUUCAGCAGAAUGCUUCUUAUUCGCACACAAGCAAUUUUCAGCACAAUUCACCGCCUUAUUCUGGAUAUGAUACCUCAGCUGGCUCAACCACAGGUCCAUCUUCAAGUUCCUUUUACGAUCAUCAGGUUUGCCCCAUUUGUCUUGGUAAUCCCAAGGACAUGGCCUUUGGUUGUGGACAUCAGACUUGCUGUGACUGUGGAGAAGACCUCCAGCUCUGCCCCAUCUGUCGGAGCGCUAUCCAAACUCGAAUCAGGCUUUAUUGAUCAGCCUCCCUAAUCACAUUUUUUGGCUUGGCGACAGCUGAAUCAGAGUCAUCUUCCAAAAACAAGGAAAGGUUAGCCAUUGGUUAUAACCUGAAAGAAAAAUGUUUCCGUUUAUCGUGCUUGAGCUUUACCACUCACGAAGCAAUUGUAAUACGUACAUGGGAGGCCUAUUUUUACACCUGAUGCGUCCCUUUGGGUUGGGGAAUGUGGUUGCAAUCACUACCUGAACUCUGUGCUGCUCGCCUCGUAGAGAUUAAAACAAACUGAAAGCUAAGAAGUAAGGGGACACGGCCAGUGGAUGAAUCUUGCUACAUUGAAGCUCUCCAAUUUGUAAAUACUUUCGAAAUGGGGUCUAGACUCGGAUGAGAAUUUUGCCCCGUCAAAGCAACUGAUGAACCCAAAAACCAUGGUCGAAUCACUGGUUAAAUAGACUCGGAUCCUUGUUAUUCCUUUUUCCUUGUAAUUGUUUGUGAUUGUUUCGCUUCUUUUUUUCUUUUUCAUUUUGCUUCUUGGCUUGCGUCUUUCCCCAAUCAGGGAUACUUUUGUGGAUGUGAACUGAAUAAAAUCUCUAUAAAAAGUCAUUAACCAUUAAAA